UUGCUGCUGUGCAGUGUCCACUUCAUCUCCUCAGUCUCUCUAGCCCUGGUACUUCUCCACUUGUGCGGCCAGCUUUGCACGUUUUUCUCUCAGCUGUCUCUUGCUCUGCGGGGGCCAACAUCAGCUGCCCCACUUCAGCUGUUUCCUGGCUUUGGCUUUCAGUGCUGUGUGUCCAGCAGCAGCUCCCGGGUGGGAAGCGGUCAUCAGCUGACUCCAAUCAUCUUUAGCUUGGGCUAUACAUUGGGAUCGCCCUUCUCUCAUUCGUACUAUUUGGGUGAUGCAACUAUGCCGAUGAGAGGAAUUUGAUGGCAGAGGAUCUGGAAUACUAAGGACUGGGAAAGGUAUCGUGGAAAAGAAAGGCAAGGAAAAGAGGAAAAUAGCCUGUCUUCAGGAUGGGAGGGCAAUGCCAGGAAGCUGGUGAAGUCUCUCUUUUCCUCCUCCACCAUGGUUGACGGCGUUAAGUACGAAGUGGCCUCCCAGCACGUGGGGGAGGCCUCUCCUUUGGCAGAGAAGGCCUGCCCAGGGCCCGAGCAGGUGAAGCUGAAGAAGGAGAUCUCGCUGCUGAAUGGCGUGUGCCUGAUUGUGGGGAACAUGAUUGGCUCCGGCAUCUUCGUGUCCCCCAAGGGUGUUCUCAUGUACAGUGCCUCCUUUGGCCUCUCCCUGGUCAUCUGGGCUGUUGGGGGCCUCUUCUCCGUCUUCGGGGCCCUUUGUUAUGCGGAACUGGGCACCACCAUUAAGAAGUCUGGGGCCAGCUACGCCUACAUCCUUGAGGCCUUUGGGGGACUGCUUGCCUUCAUCCGACUCUGGACCUCUCUCCUCAUCAUUGAGCCUACCAGCCAGGCCAUCAUCGCCAUCACCUUUGCCAACUACAUGGUGCAGCCCAUCUUCCCGAGCUGCUUCACCCCCUAUGCUGCUGGCCGCCUGCUGGCUGCUGCCUGCAUCUGUCUCUUAACCUUCAUUAACUGUGCCUAUGUCAAGUGGGGAACAAUGGUGCAAGAUGUUUUCACCUACACUAAAGUAUUGGCUCUGAUCGCUGUCAUCAUCGCAGGCAUCGUGAGACUUGGCCAGGGAGCCUCGAAUCACUUUGAGAAUUCCUUUGAGGGUUCAUCAUAUGCAAUGGGCGACAUUGCCCUGGCACUGUACUCAGCUCUGUUCUCCUACUCUGGCUGGGACACCCUCAACUAUGUCACUGAAGAGAUCAAGAAUCCUGAGAGGAAUCUGCCCCUCUCCAUUGCCAUUUCCAUGCCCAUUGUCACCAUCAUCUACAUCUUAACCAAUGUGGCCUAUUACACCGUGCUAGACAUGAGGGACAUCCUGGCCAGUGAUGCUGUUGCUGUGACUUUUGCAGAUCAGAUCUUUGGAAUAUUCAACUGGACAAUUCCACUGGCAGUUGCACUAUCCUGCUUUGGUGGCCUCAAUGCCUCCAUUGUGGCUGCUUCUAGGCUUUUCUUUGUGGGCUCAAGAGAAGGCCAUCUCCCUGAUGCCAUCAGCAUGGUUCAUGUUGAGCGAUUCACCCCAGUGCCUGCUCUGCUCUUCAAUGGUAUCAUGGCAUUGGUCUACUUGUGUGUAGAGGACAUCUUCCAGCUCAUUAACUACUACAGCUUCAGCUACUGGUUCUUUGUGGGGCUGUCAAUCGUGGGUCAGCUUUAUCUGCGCUGGAAGGAGCCUGAUCGACCUCGUUCCCUCAAGCUCAGCCUUUUCUUCCCCAUUGUCUUCUGUUGCUGCACCAUCUUCCUGGUGGCUGUUCCACUUUACAGUGAUACUAUCAACUCCCUCAUCGGCAUUGGCAUUGCUCUCUCAGGCUUGCCCUUUUACUUCUUCAUCAUCAGAGUGCCAGAACAAAAACGACCUCAUUGCCUCCGAAGGAUUGUGGCAUCUGCAACAUGGUACCUCCAGGUCCUAUGUAUGUCAGUUGCUGCAGAGAUGGAUUUGGAAGAUGAAGGACAGAUACUCAAGCAACAAGAUCCCAAGUCUAACUAAAUAACAUCCAGAAUCCUGAGUAGUGAAAAGCAGGGGCCUCUUGUCUUCUACUGGCUGGAGCCAAGGAAGUUGAAAAGGAAAGCUUACUUCUUUGGAGGUACCUGUUCAGAAGCCUGGUCUAGGCAGCUUCAACAUUUGAACUUGUUUUUUGGGAGAUAGACUAUAAUUUAUUUGUUUUGCUACAUAUUGUUCCAGAUUUAAAAAAAUGGAUGAUAAAAGCAGCCUGUGGUGGGAGCAUGUGCAUGUCAGGUGUGGGCCUUUUUGUUCCAGUAGCAUAUUCCCAUGUGUUAAAAUAUUCAUUCAACCCCUGGGUGUGUACCUACCCACUUGUUUCCUUUAAAAGAGCCAAUAAUGCUCUGAAUUUCCUGUCUCCUUUAGAGACAUGAAACUGUAUAGGCACUGGACAAUAAAAGGGUUAUGUUCCUAA